UACGCUCUAUGGUAGAGACGACACACAAAAAAACCCUUUUAGAAACCAAUUUGUGACACUUACUCUCGGUCCCUUCCUGCAAGGAACCCUAGCCACGAGAGCCCAUAUAUCCUCGUAUCUUUCUUCAAUUCCGGAGAUCCUUUUACCAGGCCGUUGUAGAACUGGAUUAAAGCUCUAUCAAAUAUGCCUUCAAAUAUGCCUUCAACAGCAUUACGACUACUGGUUAAGACACUGUUCAGCAUGAUCAUCCAGAUUAUACCUAAACAACUUCAAGAGAACAUCUUGGCUAAACUUGGAAGGGUGAUGUGGAAUUUUUCAUCUCAAAUGACUCUGGUCAUUGAUGAAUACGAUGAACUCUCCUCCAUCAAUGAAGUCUUUGAGGCUUCACAAAUCUACUUGCGCGCAAGAACUACUACUUCAGUUCAGGAGCUCAAGGUAUCCAGGACAGCAAAGGAGGAGGAGCUCUCAGUCAGAAUCAACAAAGUGGAAAAGAUAAUUGAUACAUAUGAAGGAAUCCAACUUGUAUGGCAAAUUACUAAUAAGGGUAAGUGUCAAUCAAUCAAACUCAGUUUCUGUGAUAAGUACAAAGAGAAGGUAUUGAGCUCUUACUUGCCAUAUGUACUAGAGAGGUCAAAAGCCAUUAAAAAAGAAACCAAAAUAGUAAAGCUCUACUUCCUUUGGGUGGACGGAUCACUCCGUCCCCUCAAUUUUGGUCAUCCAUCCACAUUUGACACAUUGGCCAUGGAUCCACCAUUGAAGAAGGAAUUAAUAGAUGACUUGGACAGUUUAGGUGGGAAAGCAUGGAAACGUGGGUAUUUGGUGGACGGCCCCUCUGGUACAGGUAAGUCGAGCUUGGUUGCUGCCAUGGCAAACUAUCUGAAAUUUGACAUUUAUGCCUUCGAGCUCACAAGUCGGUUGAUGAGCAAUUCAGAGCUUACAAGUUUAUUGCUCUCUACCACGAAAAGUUCCAUCAUCGUGAUUGAGGAUAUUGAUUGCAGUGAGUUGCAGAACCGACCGGACCAAAGUGACAGCCAGAAGACAUUGGGGCUGCUUGAUUUUAUUGAUGGGGUAUGGUCAGCUUGUGGUGAGGAGAGGAUAGUUGUGAUUACUACCAAGGACAAACUUCACAACCCCACGUUGCUGAGCAGAGAGAGCAUGUACGUGCAUAUCCAUAUGUCCUACUGCAAUUUUUGUGGGUUCAAAUUUCUUGCUUCCAACUAUCUAGACAUAACCAACCACUAUAUGUUUCCGGAAAUCGAAAACCUACUCAUGGAGGUGGAGGUCACCCAAGCAGAUGUUGCAAAAGAACUCAUGAAAGGUGAUGGAGCAGACAUUGCACUGCGAGGACUAACACAACUUCUUAAAAUGAAAAGGAUAGAAUGCGGUGGUCAAGAUGGAGGAAAAGAAAGCCCACAAAGAAGUAAAACAAAGUAGUUUUUAGGACUCUUGUUGUCAUAGUUGCUAUUGCAUGCCUAAGCCAAAGUGUGAUCACAAGUAUUUAUAAAUAAUUUGCUUUAUGAUGAUACUCUACAUCUGUGAUCGCUUUAUGAUACUUUGCAUCUGUGAUUGCCUAUAUAUGCUUGAUAUUAUAAUUUGUAAUUCGUAA